UGGGUGAUCAAUCAUUUAAUAAUUCACAAGAAAAUAAAUGUGACAUAAAAGAUAAUUGCAAUUUUGUUCUGUUUGCUUUCCUUCAAUUAUAACCGGAGAAGAAAGUUGGCCCUGUGGGUUGUUUGUUGGGAUAGAAAUGAAUGUGUGACGAGCUCAUUUUGUAAGCACAGCUCAGUGUGGACCCCACCACUAAGAAUGAGUCCAGCAAUCAUGGUCCUGUACUCUAAACGCUCCACCCUGGAGCCUGAAGCUGUGAGUUGCGACUCCUUUCCUAUUCCAGUAAUAACCUAGUGCCUGGCAUCUACCAGUGGGUACCAAAGCCAAGUUCUCUGCAGGAAAAAAUGAGUAUUAGGCCUUGUGGCAUGAAUAAUAAUUAAAUUUGGCUGGUCAGUUACACUAGAUAUGACAGUCUGUUAGAGAACUUUCCAUUAGGGAGCUGAAGCAUUUGGACCUCCAUGAAAUAUGGAUACAGUCUCAGAAUCAUUUCUUCAGAGCCAUGAAUUCGUGGACCUGCCUGGAGUUCCAGAUUGCCUGCAAAUAAGCUGGGGUUUGUCAUCUUAAAUCGUUCUCCAAACAAUUAAGCUUCAAAAGAGAAAGAAAGUUCAGCAAAUAUGUUCUGUCAAUGUCGUGGUCCUGAAAUUCUCUUCAGGUUUAACAAUGCCAUCGCCAUUCUAAGGGUGGAGGUGGAAGUUAUCAAAUGGUAUCAAUAACUGGAGAAAACUCACAUUUUCUAACGGUAACUACCAAGGGUGCCGUCCUCAAGGUUUCGAAACUGUGGGAUGCCUAUUCCUUCUUCUUUUAUUUAUAGGUAGUUUUAUGACUACUUUAACGAAGAUAGUGAGGCCAGCAUGACACUACCUAACUCUGAAGGCUGAGUCAUAAAAAGACCGUGUAGGCAGUAUGCGAGGCUGAGGAAUUCAUGUGGAGGUCAGAGUGGAAACAGGUGUGAGCGGAAGCAACAGAAGGAGUCAUGGCUGCCAAAGUGUUUGAGUCCAUCGGAAAGUUCGGCCUGGCCUUAGCAGUUGCAGGAGGCGUGGUGAACUCUGCUCUAUAUAACGUGGAUGCCGCCACGGACCGAUUCCGUGGCGUGCAGGACAUCGUGGUAGGGGAAGGGACUCACUUCCUCAUCCCCUGGGUACAGAAGCCAAUCAUCUUUGACUGCCGCUCUCGACCACGUAAAGUGCCGGUCAUCACCGGCAGCAAAGACUUGCAGAAUGUCAACAUCACACUACGUAUCCUCUUCCGGCCGGUGGCCAGCCAGCUUCCUCGUAUCUACACCAGCAUUGGCGAGGACUAUGAUGAGCGGGUGCUGCCAUCUAUCACCACAGAGAUCCUCAAGUCGGUGGUGGCUCGAUUCGAUGCUGGAGAAUUGAUUACCCAGCGAGAGCUGGUCUCCAGGCAGGUGAGUGAUGACCUCACAGAGCGAGCAGCAACAUUUGGGCUCAUCCUGGAUGACGUGUCCCUGACACAUCUGACCUUCGGGAAGGAGUUCACAGAGGCGGUGGAAGCCAAACAGGUGGCUCAGCAGGAAGCAGAGAGAGCCAGAUUUGUGGUGGAAAAGGCUGAGCAGCAGAAGAAGGCGGCCAUCAUCUCUGCUGAGGGUGACUCCAAAGCGGCUGAGCUGAUCGCCAACUCACUGGCCACCGCCGGGGAUGGCCUGAUCGAGCUGCGAAAGCUGGAAGCUGCUGAGGACAUUGCUUAUCAGCUCUCCCGCUCUCGGAACAUCACCUAACUGCCAGCAGGGCAGUCCGUGCUCCUCCAGCUCCCCCAGUAAGGCCAGCCAGGCCAGGGCCUCCAUCGCUCUGAAUGACGCCUUCCUUCUGCCCCACCCCAGAAAUCACUGUGAAAUUUAAUGA